AUGGCAUCAUUUAAUACCAGUUCACAAUCCAGCUCCUCCCAACAACAUCAGCCACAACAACAUCCACACCAUCAUCAUCAUCACUCAGGCGCAAUUCAUCAUUCCAAUGGUGCUGCGGCUGAUGUUCUGAACUCAACAACAUUGGGUGGUGCAGCCGGCGGCUCCAAUACUCAAUCACAUGCCUCAAAUCAUCAUUCGCCGUUUUCCACGGGCCAUCAUCCGCCGCCGUUGCACCACACUUCUGCUGCUGCGGCUGCCCAGCAACAUUUCGAACGUUCUAGUUCCUCCACAACUACAACAUUUCUAGUUCCAGUUACUUCAUCGGGACUGGUGGCACCACUAGAUACCUCGACUUUCUUAACGGCAGCUGCUGCUUCGCCACAUUUUGUUACCUCUUCACCGGUUGCUUUCAGUUCACCACAUGCUGCCAAUAUUGGUGCUGCAGCCGCCGCCUCCUCUUCCACCUCAUCAUCUUCGUAUACCUUUGUACAGAUUAAACGUGAACCUUGUCAAGUUUCGGAAGUGACCACAUCAAAUAAUCAUCAACAGCAUCAUCAGCAGCAGCAACACCACCACCAUCAGCACCAUCCCCAUGCAAUUGGCUCUCUGACAUCGGCUGCAAAAACAAUGUCCUCAUCGACAUUGACAACAUUGGUGAAAAUCGAAGCUUCCUCCCCGAAAGUUCAUGAAAUGGAUAAGGGUCAUAUGUCGACGGCAGGAAAUUCGUCUGCGGGUGCUGGCGCAAAUAUGGUGAAUAGUUCAAAUAAUACUGUGCCAAUUGGUAUUGCAGUGGCUCGCAAACGGCCACAGGAAACAACGGCACCACCACCGCCACCUGGUCCUCCGCCUUCUUUAACGAGUUCCUCAACAUUGCCUUUGUCGCAGCAACUUAAUAAGGAUAUGAAUUGUUUUGGUAUACGAGUAGCUGAUUUAGGUGGAGUUGGCACCGGUUGUGGCAAUUUUUAUUUUACAGGAAAUGGUGAUUUAAUGACCAGUUCAGCCACUGCAGAUGAGUUGGCAUUAAAUGCAGCUAGUUUGCAACAAAGUGUUAAUCGUGCUUCUUCAACAUUUUGGCAAUAUCCAAAUGCGCUUCCCAUAGAAUCCGUGAUAUCAAUGUCCCCCGCUACUGUAGGUUUACAAUACUCUCGUGAGGCAAGUCGUGGUCAAGUUGUUUUGUUACCAGCAACCGCAACGUCUUUAGUCCAAGGAUUAUCAAAUUCAAUUCCAAUUCUAUGUACACCCACAGAUCCCUUCCAACAGGCGGCCGCAGCGGCCUUUGUCUGGCCCUCCUAUCUACCGCAGGGCACAGCACCGGCCACUUUACAACCGCCGCCCAAUUUCAUAUUUCCCUCCAUGAGUCCGCACUCGACACUGCAAGCGGCAGCAGCGGCCCAACCCUAUGCUACGCCCUUGCAGUUCUUGGGCUCAAAUUAUCUAACAGCAGCAGCGGCGGCGGCAGCAGCUGCCGCAGCCACCUCCACAUUGUGCCAGCAUAAUCAACAGACGAACAGUACCAGUAGUUCGAUAAAUUUAAGUUUAGGUGGUAGUAUGGUAUCGGGUGCUGCGGCUGGGACAACGCUCAGCUCCUCGUCAAGUAGUUCGUCGACAACAACACGGUUUAUGAGUUUGGCCACGGCCAGCACCGGUCCGCCGGGCAUUAACGAUACGGGGCAGUUAAUCAAAACCGCGUCGGCGACCUCUGGAACUCCAGCACCAGCCUCUUUGAUGGCAGCAGCAGCAUCUUCACACCCGCCGACUUUACCACCACCACCACAUCCCCUACUAAUACCUCCAUCGGCAUUGAAAUUGGAAGAUUGGAGUGGUGGUACCGAUUUUAUGGCAGCUGCGGCCUCCAAGACAACGACUACAACAAUGACGGCCUCAGCAACGCUGGGAGUGUCACCAAUACCGCCGCCAGCCCAUUUUGAUGGUCGCGACAAACAGUCGAAUGGCACGAAUCUGUUGGAAUUACCUGCGGCGGCUUCUGCAACUCAAGCUUUAAAUUUGAUGCGCCUGCCCACACCACCAAGUUCGGCCACCAUUGAAACGGCAGCAGCAGCUGCUGCAGCGGCGACAGUACCACCCCAAUUACCACCAUUACUAUUUCAUGCUGCAGCCGCUAAUUCCUCUCCCACGCCCACUUUGCUCAAUCUAUCGGCUACCUUAAAUCGUGUGGCUGCAUCCUGUGCCAGUGUUUCGAACACCAAUAGCAGCAGCACCAACACCACCACAUCGCCGCAAGUUAGUGUUACCUUGGCAACAAAUGCCAGUUUUCUCAGUGCCCCCAGUCAUACCUCCACUACCACCCUCAGCAGCAGCAACAACAACAAUCACAGCAACCCUUCACCAAUCGAUGGUGGUCCCCCCACACCUCUGGGCGAUGAUAUGGCUUUGAAUUUCAAAUCAAAUUUGGAUGGAUCGACGCCACCCCAAAUUGUUGUGGGAGUACCAUCCAGAGUUGUAAAUCCUGUGCUUCCUCCCUCCUCCUCCUCGUCCGGCAUUCCAUCAACGACGCCGGCGGCGGCUCCACCUCAAAUGCAAGAUGUCAACAUACAAACCGAUACUCCGGUGUGCAGUGAAGAUGAAAACUCCUCAUGUCCUUUGAAUCAAUCACAGAUGGGCAACAAUACCACCUCUAUGGAACCUUGUACCACGGCCCAGUGUACCCCUCCGCUGACACAAAACGAUGAACUUUAUCAUGAUGCAGAGGCCCAAGAGCCACUGGAACUCACCAAGACGACGACUCAACGGCCGAACACCAGCAGUCCAAGGGUGGAAAGUUCCACACAAUUACCGCAUCCACAUGACGAAGAGGAUGAAAACGCCCAAGAGGUUGAAGAAAACGUCCAUGAGCAAGAACAAAGACUUGAGGCCGAGCAGGAUGAAUUGGAACAGCAGCAGAACUAUGCACUGAAAUCUUCGCUCAAGACCGAUUAUUCAGAGGAAUUGAAAGAUGCUCGGCAAUGCUCUGCGACCCCAGGUCUCAUAAGCAGCAGUACAUCGGCGACAGCUGGGCCCAUUUGUCCUGCUGUACGUCAAGAGGACUUAACCGGGCUGGAACUGUUGUCAAACAUCAGUACCAGCAAUCUGGUGAAAAGUGGUGCUCUACGUGUCAAACAAGAACCCUUGGAUCCCAUCAUCGAUCAAAACAUGUGCCAUGCUACAGCAGCAGAUACCCCCUAUUCCACGGUAAUGGAAUCAAAUUCCUACAAUCCACUGGAUACUCAAACCACAACAACAACCACAAACUGUGACCAAUUAAAUUCGGGAGUUCUAAACUCCAGCCACCAUGAUCACUAUAAUCCCGCCGCCCCAACUUCGCCACAUGCCCAGCAACAAAUUUCUACAUCACCGCCUUCUCCGCCAGUUGCUCCUCCUCCUUCAUCUGUUCUUCCGCAAACAGCACAAAAUGCAGGUCUUAACAACCAUCUCAACCCACAAGAGGUAGAACCACUGGGUGGUCUUAAGUUGUUAUGUGCUUUGGCCGAGCAACGCAUACAGGAGGAAGAAGAAGUUCAAAGUAGCAGUGCAACCCUGCAGGCCACUGCCAACACAAAUGGCUUCUAUAGACCCGCUUCAAAUGAAUCGCUACACAACUUUGCUGCCUCUACCUCCAGCAGUUUCCCACAAAACUCUGCGGGUUUUGUAAAGCCAGUCUCCUCCUCCUCCAGCUUCCAUACUCCGGCAGAUGCACACAAUUCCUCAUUCCCUUCCAUGGAUACUCUGGAAUUACCAUCCACCAGUGGUAAUUGUUAUACGAAUAACUCGGCGGAGAUUCUGGAGGCCCCGGUCAAACGCAAAAAGCACAAACAUUCCAAACACUCAUCGAAAUCCUCAUCUUCCAAUUCAAACGGCACCAGUGGUAGCAGCAGCAAGAAAUCUCAAAAGUGCGGCAAGAAAAACAAAAAGAAAUAUUCCAAGGAAAAGAAACGCCAUAAAAUGCUGGCAGCCGCCGCAGCGGCCGGAGAGGUACAACCCAGUGACUUAGAUUUCGAUGAUCCCCAGCUGCAGCAGGAGCUACAGAAUGUCUUUCAGAAUUGUGUUGAUCCCAAUUAUCAACGUAUGGGUGGCAAAUGGCCCACCCCUCAGGAGAUCUUUAGCAAAUUGGAGAGCAGCAUGCGGAUGCGUUUGGCCGACAUCACGCGGCAAUAUCGUAAAAAGAAACGCAAGCUGGAUGAGAUUUCGAAGAAUAAGAAAAAGAAAAAAUGCUCCAAAUUGCAAGCCGCCACUCAACAGCUUUCCUUGGUGGGUAACUCCAGUCUCUCACUGGUAGCUGGCGGUGCGGAGCGAGCCGCGGCCACCACCACCUCAUCGUUGACCUCAUCACCCCUGUGUGAUUAUAAAUUUGGUAAUUUUUCCACAAAACCUUCCGGGCCAACGACGACCACCAACUAUUUGGCACCCUCCAGCUUUAUACGCUUUGCCACCGAUCCCAGCAAGUCGGCAGGGCAUCACCACCACCAUAACCAUCCUCAAUUCCCACCACCUCCCGAAGUAGAAUUAGAAAAUGAUAAUACCACCUCCACAGCUUCCAAUCCAAACAGCAGCAAUAGUGCGGCAACGGCCAUCUAUAAGCCGUUGCGUCUGGAACCCAGUUGUCUGGCAGCAGCUGCCACAAAUGAUCAGCAGCAGCAACAACGUUCCAAUAGCAACAACAACUCGACUGGUGUUUUGCGUGUAGCUCAAAAACAUGCAUCCUCGGAAAAACUUUGUCACGUUAUUGUGUGUAAAGAACGGAAAGUGGGCGGCUCCCACUCCCAAUCCUCAAGACGUUCCAGUGGCAAUGAAGAGGACGAUGACGACGAACAUGGACGUCUUCACAAUUCCAGCAGCGGCAGCAGCAGUGAUAAUCAUAAUGGUCACCGUUCGAUAUCAACCGACAAUGAACAGCAACAUCAAUCCAGUAAAUCCACCACCUCAUCAUCGACAUGUUCGUCAUCCGCCAGCGCUGGACGUAAAAUGAAUCCAAUCGAUCGUACAUUGAUGUUGACUCAGGAUCAUUUAUUCCGCAAAGAGACGCGAGUACUUACCGAUAUGGGUGGAUUAUUUUAUGCUGGCAUUAUGAAACCGCUACAGCCCCCGGAUGUCUAUGCGAUCACAUUGGAUGGUGAGCGGGGCAAUAAAUCGCAUAUUAUGUCCCGUGAGGAGAUAUUUAAGGAUACGAUUUUGGAAGUAGCACCCAAGACUGUCGAUGAUGUACCUGUGGGCACACGUCUCUGUGCCUAUUGGAGUCAGCAAUAUCGUUGCCUGUAUCCAGGACGGGCCAUUGAAAGUGAGUCUUCCGAUGAUGAUGUGACAUCACAAGAAUUUGUCAGUGUGGAAUUUGAUGAUGGCGAUAGCGGCAGGAUCCGCUUGCAGAAUAUACGAUAUCUGCUCAGUGAUUACCCCAUUGUUGAGUACAACGAUAAUCCCCUCUACUCUUUAGGCAAACAAAAGAAAGCCAAUGCUAAUAAAACCACAACCAAUAAUGAUACAGAUCACCAUCAACGUCGUGAUGCUGCUGCAGCCGCAGCCACCACCACCGGAGAUAAUCCCAACUCAAUGGGUCGGGAAGAUGAUCAUGGUCGAAUAACUAGCAAUGGAUCCCAUCGUGAUUAUCAUCAAGCCACCGCCAUGGAAAUCUUUGCCGCCAAACGCAGUGAGAAGAAGCGAAACAAAAGUCUAAAAAAGAAAGCCCAACAGAGUGUGAUCACGCUGGCGAAUGGUAGUGUAUCCACCACUACACUGACUUUGGCCGGAGGAGUUACGACAUCCCUGUCCACAAAUGGUUCCAUGGAAUCUGCCGACAGCUUGCGUAAACAUCACAAACACAAGAAACGUAAGAAACACAAGAAGCAUCGGAAAAAUCUCAUGGAAAUUGGUAUUGUUUCGGAAAUGGAAAAGAAGUUCAGUACAUCAGUAGCAUCGUCUUCGUUCAGUAGUAAGAAAAGUGAACGCACAACAACAAAGGAUGAAAUCUCCUCCUCAAAACAUCAGCAGCAGCGACAUUCUACCCAACAACAUAUUCUCUCUGAGAACAAUUACUCAAAUGGCGGCAAACACAAGAAGGAGGAAAUCGACGGAGCAGGAGACUAUAAACAUUAUCAAAACAAUACUCACACCGAACAAUCUCAAUUACCAGUAUCGGCCACUCCAGAAGAUGAAGAACAAGAAGACGACGAUGAUGAUGACGAAGAAAAUGCCGAGGAACAACAAGAGGAGCAGCAGGAUGAUGAUGAUGACGAGGAUGAGGAUGAUAAUAUGAAUCUAUCACACAUUAAACGUGAAUCCACAAACAAUCAUCGACAUCAUCACCUCACCUCAACACCACAUCAUAGUGUCAAAGUAAAAACGGAACAUUUAGAAAUGGAAGAAGAAGAAAGUACUUCAAACUUAAUGUCUGAAGUUUCGGAUGAGCCUCAGGCUAAGGCUGAUGACAUGGUUGAACACAACAGCUCCAAGGGUAGCAAAAUUGCCGCUUUCCUCCCUGAUCGCCAGUUAUGGGGCUGGCUGGGCACAGCCUAUUGUAAAUCUGGCAGCAAGGGUACAAAGGGCAGAAUACGCAAGCAAUUUUACAAGACAAUUAAACGGGGAAAAGAAACAAUAACUGUUGGGGAUUGUGCAGUAUUUUUAUCAACUGGACGACCGGAUCGUCCCUAUAUUGGGCGUAUCGAAUCAAUGUGGGAGAAUUCAUGCAAUAAUAAAAUUGUGCGUGUACGCUGGUUUUAUCAUCCCGAAGAGACAACGGGAUGUCCAAAAUUGAAAUUCCCAGGUGCUCUCUUCGAAUCACCUCAUGAAGAUGAAAACGAUGUACAAACAAUAUCACAUCGCUGUGAAGUUUUACAAUUUGCCCGUUAUUUUAAUAAGUUCGGGUCAGAUUCAAAGCAAUAUCAAUCGAUAUACGAUAAUAAUGAUACAUAUUAUUUAGCCGGGUAUUAUAAUCCAAGAUUACAAGUCCUGAAAUUACAAGAUAAUAUUCCAACUCUAGAAGAGCAAAUACAACAACAGCAACAGCUGCAAUUGCAAAAGCAACAAAUGCAAACGCAACUGCAACAACAACAAAGUAACAUAACAACUGUUAAUACUAAUCACACAAAUAUUAACUAA